CCCGCUUCGGCCGCUCCGCUGGCCUGGUCUCUCUCGGCGUCUCACGGUCCGCUCAGCCCAGCACCAUGGGGAAGCGGGACAACCGGGUGCAGUUUUAGGUUCACAGCAAGAUUGAGCAGAAAGUAGAGUUCCAUAUACUCCCUGUGCCAACAUGUACACAGCCUCCCCCAUUAUCAACAUCCUGCUCCAGGCCUAUAUGAAUCCAAUAGCAAUGGCCAGAUCAAGGGGUCCAGUCCAGUCUUCAGGGCCAACAAUCCAAGAUUAUCUGAAUCGACCAAGGCCUACAUGGGAAGAAGUGAAAGAACAACUAGAAAAGAAAAAGAAAGGUUCCAAGGCAUUGGCUGAAUUUGAAGAAAAAAUGAAUGAGAACUGGAAGAAAGAACUAGAAAAACACAGGGAGAAAUUAUUAAGUGGAAGUGAGACCUCAUCCAAAAAAAGACAAAGAAAGAAAAAAGAAAAGAAGAAAUCUGGUAGGUAUUCAUCUUCUUCUUCAUCAAGCUCUGAUUCUUCCAGCAGUUCUUCAGAUUCUGAAGAUGAGGAUAAGAAACAAGGAAAAAGGAAAAAGAAAAAGAAGAACCGUUCACAUAAAUCUUCUGAAAGCUCCAUGUCAGAGACUGAAUCAGACAGUAAGGAUAGUUUAAAAAAGAAAAAGAAGUCAAAGGAUGCAAGUGAGAAAGAAAAGGACAUUAAGGGACUCAGCAAAAAGAGAAAGAUGUAUCCUGAAGAUAAACCUUUAUCAUCUGAGUCUUUGUCAGAGUCAGAUUAUAUUGAGGAGGUACGGGCAAAAAAGAAGAAAAGCAGUGAAGACAGAGAAAAAACAACAGAAAAGACAAAAAAGAAAAAGAAGCAUAAGAAACACAGUAAGAAAAAGAAAAAGAAGGCUGCUAGUUCAAGUCCUGACUCACCGUGAAAGGCAAAAUCAGGAUUCCCUUAUAAAGAAAGUGCAAUGUCUGAGGAGAUCUCAACUGUGAAAAUAAUGACAUAUUUACUAAAAUGCAUGACCUUUGUUGUUUCUAGAAUUAUUCCUGGAUUGUUAGGUAGCCACUCACAUGCCGCUGUGUGAAAGGGCCAUAAGAGUUGCCUGCUCCUUGAACAUCUGUCUUUGUUCUCUUCCAUUGCUUAAUAACUCUGGGAGAUAAUACACUGCAGUCGUACUAGUGGUUGAUAUUUGGGAAUAAAGUUAAUAUUUUUGACUAGAAGUAUCUAAUGAUAAAUCAACAGACAUUGAGUCUGGCUACAUCAUUAAGGUAUAAACAGAAAUGACCAGAUGACUCUAGUUAAUGUUUUUGAAGUAGGGAUUACAUUGAUACUUUAAAAUCCUUACUCUGUAGAUAAGUGUAUUUUAAUUUUUUCCCCUUGUAUACUUUUAUUUACUUGGGGAAGGAGCUUUUAAGGGUGGGGGGUGGUUUGCUAUUUCUUUAGCUAGCAGAAUAGCGUGCCUUUUAUCCUCACACAUCCUAUUUUUGCGGACACAGUAGCCAUGCUUCAUGAGGAGGUCAGAGCUGGGUAUGGCAGUCUUGCGCUUUACUGAGCUUAGUAACAUCCUUGGUCUGUCAUAUGCUGCUUUGAGUGAAUCAGAGAAGCAGCCUUUUGCAGCACGAGAAAGCCCCAGAAGCUCUGGAAUUUACCUCCACUUCAAUAAUACUGAAUGAUUUUUAUUAUUAGAAUGUAUUAUAACAUUUGGAUUAAUUUUGACUACACUUUGGCUUUGGGAAGGAGUCGUUUCCAAUACACACUGGUACUUUUUGAACUUGAUAGCUAAAGAUUCUAAAAUGCAUGUUUUAUACUGUUAAGUUUUAACCAGUCAGGAAUAUUUUAUGUAACCAGUGAUAGCUAUUUUUUGUAUGAAUUUUGGUUAGGCUGUAAAGUUUAGCUUUUAUUAACUUUUUAUUCUUGCUAUCUUUAAUUCCUUACUGCAUUUAAUGGCAUUCUUGCCAAAAUAUUAGCAUGUGAAAAGCAGAGUUUAGAUUUGGUUUGGUUGGUUUUGUUUGUAACAGCUUCAUAUUGAAGCUGAGACUUACCAUAUACAAGUUGAGUGGCAGGCCUGGUAUUCUGUGUCUUGUUACAUAAAGCUCUUGCCAGAAUCUUAGUAAAUAUAAUGUUUUAAAAGUUUGUCUUUGUAUAUUCAUAAAAAAUAUGACAAGUUAAACUUAAGCGAGAAUUACAUUAUUGCUCUUUCUGUGUCAUUUUACUAAGAUUUUGUGCCUCGUAACUCCUGCUGAAUUGUUUACUAGUUAUGUUAAAAGGAACUGAUAAGUCAUUUUCACUUUACAUUUUUAUAUAAUCAGGUAAUAUGAAAUAUAAUUUGAUGUAUAAUUUUGCCUGUGUGCUAAUUACAGUGGUAUAUGCACAAAACAUUUUGGCAUGACAAGAGGCUGAAUAAAUAGCUAUUUUACUUAAAAA